CCAUUUGAAUUAUAGCAGACACAGAGGCGACACUGAGUUACAUGACCACACCAGAUUGAGACCACUACUGGAAAAGACCAGCACCAUUUCUCAGGGGAGAGUUUGGCACGACCCAGCUGCAUGGGUUCCUCCAAAGCUGCAGAGAGCGUCCCAGCGGAGGAAGCUCGGGAGUUUCUCGGUGAUGUUCGACAAACUGAGGAACUGUUGUAGGAUGGGAAUACAAAUAUUAACUGGAAACAAGAUAGGGGAGCACACAGACUAGAAACACAAGAGGAAGAGAUGAUUGUACCAGGUGCACAAUCACAGGAUGCGGGAAACACAAUGGCAGAAAGUAGAGACCUGGAACGAGAGGAGAGUUGUCUGACAAGCAGCUGGUGAAGAGCAAAUAUGGCGGAUGACGGCAGGCGGGGAGAUGGAGCAGCUUACCAAGUGCUCGUGGUGAUGGAGUGUUUACUGGAGAAGCUAAAAAUGUUGAAUUAUAAGCAGGAAGUUGUGGCCAAACACAUCAGGAAGAACCUAUCCAGUUUUUUUUCUGUCAGACCAACCUUCCCAACCCAAACCACAGGAGAGUCUGUGAGUGAGGACGACGAAGUCGAGGAGGAAAUGAUCGAAGUGGAACCGUCCUCCAAACCAGAUGAGAUUCUGGAAUCGACGAUUGACGCAGCAGGGCGGUACCUGGAGUGGGAGAGAGUCCUGAAGAGGACGACGAGAGAUGACAUAGGUAAGACUCAAGAAAAGGUCAGCAUCAUUGAGAAGUACAUCAACAACCAGCACAAGCAUCCAAUCAAGGAGUACCUCAGUGCCCAGGCCAAACUCAGCGAGCUCCCACCUGAGAUUCUCCACAAAAUUCUGCUGGAAGUGGUGUCACAGGGAGGAGACCAAGCUCUACUGAUCCUCUCCCACACUUGCCAACAAUUUAAAGAUGUUGUGGGCACAGACUACUUCAAAAGACAGCUGUCUGUGAUUGGAGCAGAUGCCAAAUACCCAGAUGGGCUAAGGAGCUCAGGAAAAUGUACUGUAUACACUGAAGCAGUGCCAGAAAUGCAGCAACAUAUUUAAAGACAGAGAAGGUUUUUUCGGCAGGGGAAAGGCAGAAGAGCUCACUGGAAUUUACAGUGAAGGAGAGCAAUGCUGUGACAAAUGCAACUGAUUUCCCAGCUCCUACUGGUCACUGUUUGUAAAUAUUUUUCAUGCUAUAUAUUUUUUUUCCAUUGUCAUUUCAGUAAAUAAAGAAAUAAACCUA